AGACGACUUCAGUGACCUCGCCUUCGUCCUCCCUGCCUCCAUCGGCGCCCAUCUUUCCGAAACGGAUGCUGUAACGGCUGCGUGGCGUGGUCGUCGUAAUUACUCCGGAUGUCUUAAAUUCGUGCCUCUAAUGCGGUCUCUUCGGUUGCGCUGUUCAUAAGUCGUCUGUGGGUUAUAAAAAGGGUGUUCUUCUCCGAUCUGAAGUCCGGCCGGUGCUCCGCCGUCGUGGAGGCGCGACUGUUACGAUUUUGGGAAGCCAGAAACGUCAAACGUGGUGGUGAGCUCAUGUGGGCUGAUCUUCUGUUGGUGGAUGUCAAUGGCACCAUCAUGCAGGCGAGCAUAAGCUCUAAUCGUCUCCCAACAUACCAGGAACGACUCAUUGCCGGUACGAUGUUUUCAAUUUCCGGUUUCGACGUGGCUAGGUGUGCGCAAAACUUCCGUCUCACGGAUUCCUCCUUCCUCAUCCGGUUCGGCGAAACCACUACCUUUGAUGAAUUGUUUGACCCGGUGUCACCUCUACCCACGGAGGGUUUCCGUUUCCGUAACCAGUCGGAGUUGCAUGGACUGGCAAACACAAACAGUCACUUACCAGACAUCAUAGGGGAGAUCCUUGGUGUGAGGAGUACCGUCACCGAUCCUCCUGAAGCAAAGAAUCGUGUAAUGGUGACAAUCAGGCUGGACAGUGAUGACACUGUCACUCUGAGCCUAUUUGACUCUCAGGCUGUUGCUCUCCAUACGCAACUUGAGUCAAUGCGUGUUGACCCGAAGGUCAUUGUUGCAACUAGCAUCAACCCGAAGCUGGUUGGAGGCCGUUUAUUUCUCAAUGCCACGUCCGGUACUCAUGUGUAUUUUGAUAAGGAGACCGAUGCAGGAAGCGCCCGCUUCUAUCAAUUGGUCGCCAGGGACACUGGUCUAACUUUAGUCGUCCCGCUGCUCAGGUCGUAUGCGAAGGUUGAGAAGGUGACUAUUGCUGAACUCAGCAAUUUUGUCCUCACUGCUGCGUCCCAGGAAAUUGAUUUUCUGUGCACUGGGAAGGUUGUUCGUGUGGAAGCAGAGAAGGGUUGGUGCUAUGUCGCCUGCUCUAAGUGCAGUAAGAAACUGCAGCGUACUUCCUCUACCCUCACUUGUGGACGUUGCGAUAAUUCGCAUGCUAUUGGGACUCUUCGCUAUCAUGUGGAGACUGUCAUAUCUGAUGAUUCCGGCGAAGGCACCUUCGUUUGGUUUGAUGGUGUGAUGACUAAGCUGCAUAGCCUCAGAGCAAGUGACGCUGUACAGAUGCUGGGUGAAGAGGGAGUGAAUAUACACGGUGCGGUCAGAGAUCAAGCAUCGUAGCAACACGUUUUCCCGUUUAACUCUGAUAUGAUUUCACAGAAAUUUAGUUUCAGUUUAUUAUCAGUACAAACCCCAGUGAGGUAUUGGCUGACUUACACUUACUGAAUAUUGUGCGUUAUUAUUGAACCCUGAGUUUGUUUCCACAUUAUAGCACUACUGUAACAUUCUCUGUUUUAUACGCGGUUUUCUCGGUUUUACA